AUGGCCCAGCGCAUCCGCCCGUCGCUCGCAGACCUGUCCGACUAUGACCAACCAGCCUUUCCAGAGCUCGACGGCCCCGCCCAGCCCGCCGCACGAGUGACACGAGCUCGCCCACCGACCGUCGCCUCGUCGCUUCCCCCACCAAUCCCUGUUAUCAAGCCGAGCUCGUCGACCACGCCUGCUGAGCCCGAAGCGAAGCUGCACAAGCCGAAAUCGCGGUUCGCCUUGCAGAGGGAGAAGGAGGCGGCAGCGGCAGCACAGCGGGCGACACCGACAGGCGCAGAACGGUUCGAGUUGAGUCUGGACGAGCUCGACGCAGAAGUUGCGGAACAGGAAGAGCUACCUCGGCGCGACAUCAUCAAGGACGUCCUCGAGCGUCCGACUUCACGACCCAAACCUCCCUCUGCGCCCGGCCCUUCUCGUCCUUCGCCUCUCGCUCCAAAUGGGGCGCGACCGACGGGCUUCCCAGCACCAGGUCGAGGCAUUUUCCCUCGCAAGUCGCAGGCUCCCGCUCCAACUCCUUCUGCUUCCGCCUCUUCCGGCCCUCGCAUCUUCCGCACCUCCUCCCUCAUCCCUCCAACGCCCACGCCCUCAUCCUCAGACGCCGCAUCCCUCACCUCCACCCCCACCGACUCGCUCUCCUCGCUCCUCACCUCCGUCUCACGCGAAAACGAAGAUGUCGUCUCGCGGAUGAGCGAGGAGGAGAUCCUGGAGGAACAGAGGCAGAUUAGAGAGGAGAUGGGGUUGAGUGAGGGGGUGUUGAGGAUGUUGCAGAUGAGGGGGGAGAGGCGACGCGGAGAGGGGGAGAAGAAG